UCUGACGUCUGACAGCUACUGUGGAGUGUGGAAGUAGAAACUGAAAACUUUAUUGACAUUUUUCCAUCAACAAUCUACGUGAAUCGUUAAUUAUAAGACUAUAAUAUUGAAAUAAAUAGAUUUGCCUUCUCCUCAUUUAUUGUUAUUGUAGGAAAAGAAACAUCGUACAAAACUAAUAGAAAUAUUAUGUGUUAAAAUAUCAUUAAUAAGGAUGUAAGGCAAUCUUAUGGCUAGUAGUAGAAGAGGAAGCUCUAGGAUACGGUCACCUCUACUAGGGCACACGUGGCAGCAUGUAUCGACUCCAGUGCUUGUUGACACAUCCUUCCCUGCAUCUAAACUGCCCACCUCUCCUCUGGUAUACAAUACCACAGAACCCUUAAGUGACAGUCUGUGGUCGGGAGAAUGGAAACUAUUUGCUGACACAAAUUCGUCAGACUGGCCUAGCCAAAGUGUUGCUAGCUCUACGUCGUGGUCAGAUGAACUUGAAUCAGAGUCAACGCGCAAAUUGAGUGAGCAGUUCGAUCAGCUAGAGUGCUCUCUGUACGGUGACAGCAAUGAUCUCGGCCUCUCUAACAGCAGUCUGGCCUCUGAGUGCCAACAAUGGAAGCAAAGCUUUCCUCAUCUAAGGAUCAUUGGUUCCAAUCUCAGGCUCAACAACUCGGGCGGAAGUUCGACCGAGGUAGAUGGAGAAAGUGUUAUCAUAUGUGGAGUUGAUGAUAACGAAAAAUGUAAAGAAAAGUUUGAAGAUGGAGUAGAGGAGUUGGGGGAAGAUGAUAAUGAAAAAUGUGAUGGAGAGGAGGUGUUCGCAUGUCAUGGUUCUAUCGAACCAGCUGUCAGUUGUCAUGAUAGUAGAUUAGUAGCAGUGGACGAUUUGCCCGAGUUCAAGUUGCAGGUGAAGAAGGCUGUCUCUGAGAAGAUAUUCUCUGUAAUUUGGCCAGAUGUUGUGAAAAAAGUAGAGCCAGUUUUCAAGAAGCUGUUGGAACGAAAUCAGGUGACGAUAAAGACGCCGCAGGUUCCGGCGCUGACUAUUUCAACACAGGCGGACAGUAGCGCAUGCUCGAGCUGGGAUGCGGGGUUCGAGACUAGUUCAGAGCACCUCUCGGUGCGGGUGCCGUCGGCCCGUAGGCCGCGUAUGAGCACCAUCUCGCACAUCACCGCUAACUUACUGGACGACGUGCACCUUCACCGCGGCAUGUCGGCUCGGCAGUCGGCCGUCAAACUUGUGUUUCCUGCGGCUGCUGAGAAGCUGUUGUCGCCGAUUGGUCAGCCGAGACGGGUGUCGGCCAAGACCGGGAGGCGGCUGCCUCUCCAUCACCACCAGGAUGAGCCAAACAGGGCUCGAUUCUGCGCCCGAACUGAUACCAGAUCAGACGCCAUUGUGGGAAGGAAGACCUCUCCAUUGAGCAAUUGGACUCGCCAUGGGGUCCUCCCUCCAAUUGCCUUCAAGGAAAACAGUAUCAAGAUCUCUAGUGCCUUUGCCAAACGGUCAUCGUCAGCAUUGCAACAGAAUGAACCCAGUGACCUUGACGCCAGACCAAAUACUUCAUUACCAAAUAAGUUACAGAACAUGCAUUGCCUGCAACCGCUGGAUAAAUUGGAAGCCAAAGAGAAUCUAGCUGUUCGCAUGGAGUUGGCCCACCAGUGGCUACAGAAUCAGAUCUCGCCCAACAAUAAUAAUAAUUAUGGUAAGAAUCAUGUGUCCGUGAACGAAAGCAUGAACGGAGGUUGGCGCUCGAAGAUAAAUGGAAUAUACUGGAAGUAGGACAAGCUGAAAAAUUACGCUUUCGUCGAGCUUAUGUGAGCCUAUACUAUUUUUAACAGAAAUAAAUAUUUAAGAUAUUGUUCAUAGAAUACAAUACAUCCGUCCGUCCUAGUGAUAUAAUGUGAUAAAUUAUCUAGUCAAGUACGUACAAGUCAAAUGGGACUUAUUUAUGUAUUGUCAUGUUUUGUGUUAAUUGAUAAUUUAUCUCAAUUUUAUGACUUUCAAACUAUUUUAAUUUUGCAGAUUGUAGCCUAUCUACAAUAUUUUAUAUAUUUGUCUAUUUUAUUAAAAUUACGCAAGAAUUGCAUUCUGCCUGAAACAAUACAGUAUGGCAAAUUUCAAUAAAUGUUUUGUGUUUAUCAAUA